AUGCAGAUUCCUCGUGAUUAAAUGAGGAAUGGUUUUUAAAAAUACAAUUCAAAUGGGAGAAGCAAUGGAAACAAGAGAUAAUAGGUGCAGAACUUCAUUCCUCCCCACAUCCCCAAAGGAAUGUUGAGCAUGAACAGUGGAUCGAAAACAGAGAAAAAUGCAAAGUUGAAUGACACAGGUAAAUUUGCUCAUUUUAUCUUGAGAAACCACUGAUGUGACUCAUAAUAAUCUGGGUUUCAGUUAACAAUUACAAUCCUAGAUACGAGUGGAACAUUUAGAUUUGGGAUUCUUCAAAGUCUAACCUUGCAAAAUCAUGGGCAACCACAAUCACAAGCAUUGUCCAUUCUUUCAUAAUCCCAAGGAUCGCAAAAGGUACUCGUCUCAUUGAUCUCCUUGCUAGGAUUGGAGUGGAGUAUUCAGCCGAGUUAUGUCAAUAUAUUGAAAAUAAUUCGAUUUGUCCUUACGGAGACAAUUGCAAUAGAGCUCACAACAGAGUGGAAUAGUUGUAUCGAGUUGACAAUUACAAAACCAAAUUUUGCUCCUUCUAUCCCAAUAAUAUCCAUUAAUGCGAUUAUGGGAAAUUCUGUUCAUUUGCCCAUUCGGAAGGUGACAUAGCCAUAGAACUCAUUCACAAUCUAGAAUACGACGAUGAUUUCUUCAUGUUCUAUUACAAAACAGUGUGGUGUCCCUUCAAUCUGACUUAACAUGAUAAAUCCCUAUGUGUUUACGCCCACAACUGGUAGGACUUCAGACGAAAACCACAGGGAUUCAAUUACAGUCCACAAUCGUGUCCCAAUUGGAAUACGAAUGAAUACAUUACUGAAUAUAGUUAUGGAUGUCCAGAUGCUUUUAGUUGUUGCAAAUGUCAUGGAUGGAAAGAACUCGAAUAUCAUCCAAUAUUAUUUAGAACUAAGCAAUGCAUCAAUUAAAAUUGCAACAAAUAAGAUUGCUCCUUCUAUCAUCACCAAUAGGAAAGGAGGUAGUAUUUCUAACUAUUUUAGAUAUGUUGAGCAAUCGUCUUAAGUAAGAAUAUUUAAGAUCGUGCCCAGAAAUCGCAUUGUCUAAAAUGUCUUUAAAGUGCGAGAACCAAGUUUGCAGACAUCGCAAAGGAAUUAGAAAUCUCAAGACAACAGUAGUAGUGAUCAAUAAUAGUGGCUGGGUCAUAAUUUACAGAAUAGUUUUCAAUAUGAACCUGAGUCUGAUACGGUUGUUGAAUGUAAGAAUAAGGGUGAACACUAUCAAACAGCUCUUAUUUCCAUUCUCGAGCGAACAGGUAUAUAGUAAUAUUAUACAAUUCAAGAUUCUGAAGAGUUGAAGGAUUUGAUGAGAAAGAAAUCCUUCUCUGUUGAUAAUAUUGAUGACAAUGAAUAGAUUAGAGGAGUCUUAAGGAUGAUAGACAUGGAUUCUUGAC